CUCUCUCUUUCUUCUCAUUGAAUGUUGAGAGCAUCGGUUACCUUUUCUUCUUUGUAUCUACAAACACAAUUUCAGUUAUUCACCACAUCAUGGAAUUAGAAGCAAGAUAUUGACUAUUUGCCAUUUGCGAAUAGAGAUUAACAGUACUAGCUAGAGAGGAGAAAUGGCUGAAGAGAUCAUCAAUGCAAGCCAAUAUUCUCCCCCUGAAGAAUCAAAUAUUGCCGUUCCUCGUUCCACAAGAAAAAAGGGAGGAUGGACAGCCAUCGCAUUCAUUCUUGGGAAUGAAUCGUUUGAGAAACUGGCGUCGGUGAGUUUGAUAUCCAACAUGACCACAUAUUUGCGGAUCAAAUACAAUAUGGGGGGAGUAUUUUUGGUGAACGUGGUGAGUAUAUGGUCUGGCUGUUCCAACAUUACACCUUUAGCUGGUGCUUUCUUGGCUGAUGCUCACCUUGGCAGAUUCCUCACUCUCCUCUUUGGUUCCCUUGCUUCUUUCCUGGGGAUGGGGAUGGUGACAUUAACUGCUGGAGUAGAUAAACUCAGGCCACCUAAUUGUCAGGGCCUUGCAACUUGUUCAGAUCCACAAAAGUGGCAGCUUGCAUUCCUUUUUGCAGGUCUUGGAUUUAUGGCUGUAGGUUCAGGAGGUAUCCGAGCUUGUAACAUUGCCUUUGGGGCUGAUCAAUUCGAUACUAAUACAGAGAAGGGAAGGUCUCAACUCAAAAGUUUCUUCAAUUGGUGGUACUUCUCAUUCACCAUUGCCCUUAUCAUUGCCCUCACAGUUGUUAUCUACAUCCAAACCAAUAUCAGCUGGUUUAUUGGCUUCCUAAUCCCAACUUGCUGUUUAGCUCUUUCCAUUAUGAUUUUCUUGAUUGGUCGCAACACUUACAUUCGUUUGAAGCCUCAAGGAUGUGUUUUUAUCGACAUGGCAAAGGUUAUAAAUGCAGCAUACAGAAAGAGACAUGUUCGCAUUGUACCAUCAGGGAAUUCCCUUUAUGAGCCUGUCCCUAAGGAAACUGCAGAAAACCAGAUAUCAGUACUUAGGCAUACAGACAGAUUCAAAUGCUUAGAUAAGGCCGCUGUGAUUGUGGAUUCGAGCACUGAAUUGAAUGCUGAAGGAGUUGCUAAAGAUAGCUGGAGACUUUGCAAUGUUGAACAGGUGGAAAGGCUGAAAUGUGUUGUUGGAAUAUUACCUGUUUGGGUAGCUGGAAUCACUUGUUUCAUCACUAUGGAACAGAUGAAUACAUUCGGGGUUCUUCAAGUAAUUCAAUCCAACACUAGAGUUGGGAAUUUCAAUAUUCCUCCCGGGUGGAUGGGAUUAGCAUCCAUGAUUGCCCUGGCUAUAUGGAUCUUCAUAUACGAGUGUGUAUACGUUCCCAAUGCAUCGAAAAUCUCUAAGAAGGAAGCCAGGUUGUCCCUCCAAAUAAGAGUCAAAAUAGGCAUUUUCAUGUCAAUUCUUUGCUUAGCAGUAGCUGCAUUUGUUGAAACAAGGCGCCGAGACUUAGCCCUGAAAGAAGGCACAUUCAUCUCUCCACUUGGAAUCGCAUUCUUUUUGCCUCAAUUCAUUCUAUCAGGGUUGACAGAAGCAUUUGCCGCGGUCUCAGUCAUGGAAUUCUUGAAUAACCAAGUACCAGAGACAAUGAGAAGUGUAGCUGGAGCAAUAUUUUUCUUGAGCUUAAGCAUUGCCAGUUACCUCAACACACUCAUUGUCAAUAUAGUUGAGAUGUUAAGCGGGCUACACGGCGGAAAUCCAUGGUUGGGAGGUCAUGACCUUAACCAAAACAAGCUAGAACGAUUUUACAUUCUUAUUGCUGGUUUGGGAGUACUAAACUUCAUAUACUUCCAUUUUUACGCCAGCCGUUACAUUCUAAGUUAUGAAGAGUCGAAGAGGAGACAGACUGUGUUGGAAACUCGCAUUGAUCAUGUAGACCUGCCAGAGAAGAAACCAUGAAAAUUGGAGCAAAUUAAUAUGGAUUAGUGAUCCAAAUGAAGUAAUUGAAUCAAGACAUGAGUUAAUUAGAUUUAUGUCUUUAUAUAUGUUUGCUAAGCAUGCUACUUUAUUAGUGGUCACUGUCAAAUAUUAAUUGGGAAAUCUACACAAAAUGCCCAUUUGGGCCAAACUAAUUACCCACUCAAAA